CUCCAGGGGAGACAGAUUGUAACAGAUAUUUCGUUUUUGGGGGGAGCUAAAGACCUUCCACACUGUUUGCGGAAUACAAGCAUGUUGAUGCCGAGGAAUGCAAACUUACUCGUACCCCAAUUUGGAAGAUGGGCCUGCAGUGCACUUCUACACCACUAAAAAGUACAAUGUCACCUCCUCCAGAGUGUGAUGUGGAUGGGCUUCCCAGCGGUUACGGAUCCAGGGACUCCAUCCUCAAACCUGGUGAUAAGAAAGACUGGAAGAGGCGAAGGCGUGGUCGCUACAACAGCAGCUGGGAUCAAGGCCACGACAGCGCGGACCCCGGCAGAACAAAACAGGCGCCCGCAUUUGAAGUGAGCGGAGGUGCGGCCAUGCGCUGCUCCACGCUGCUGGCCAUCCUCACGGGGGUGCUUUUGUACCUGGUGCUGGGCGCCGUGGUGUUCCGGGCCUUGGAGGCGCAGCGAGAAGAAGGCAAGCACAUGCAGCUGCAGGGAACAUGUCGAGACUUCCUGACCAACUUCACUUGUGUCGGCCCGGAGAACCUGCAAGCGCUCAUCGAGGAAGUGGCAGAGGCCAUUGGUGCAGGUGUGGACCCGAACAGCAACGCCACAUACGUCAGUCAGUGGAAUCUAGCCAGUGCCUUUUUUUUCUCCGGAACUAUCAUCACAACAAUCGGUUUCGGAAACAUCUCCCCCAAGACAGAAGGUGGUCAGUUGUUCUGUAUUUUCUAUGCCUUGGUUGGAAUUCCAUUGUUUGGCAUCCUGCUUGCUGGAGUUGGAGACCAUCUAGGGACCGGGUUGAGAAAAACGGUUGCCAAAAUAGAGACUCUCUUCCUGAAAUGGCGUGUUAGUCCCACCAUUGUGCGUGUGAUCUCUGCCGUCUUGUCCAUCCUGCUUGGGUGCCUGCUGUUUGUCGCAGCGCCAAUCCUGAUUUUCCAAAAGGUUGAAGGCUGGACCAUGCUGGAGUCUGCGUACUUUGUAGUUAUCACCCUGACAACAGUGGGGUUUGGUGACUAUGUUGCAGGGGAUUCGGGACUGGAGGGCAGUGACCACUGGUACAAGCCUCUGGUGUGGUUCUGGAUCUUGCUAGGUCUUGCCUACUUUGCAUCCGUCCUGUCAAUGAUUGGGAAUUGGCUUCGAGUUUUAUCCAAGAAAACAAGAGCUGAGAUGGAGGAGCUACGAGCUCACGCCACCGACUGGACUCAGAACAUCCAGAAUAUAGAUUUUCGCAUCGCAGGAAAAAUUGAUGAUCCCUUCAGACGGCGUCGGCGAAGGCGGCGCCAUGGUGCUCGCAGCCACGGCCACGGUGGCUCCGCUCCUGGAGCUCCUGACGGGGAAGGAGACCAAAAUGAAAGCGAAACCGAUUCGGAAUCAUACACAUCUUACACGUCCGAGUCCGAGUCUGAAACAGAGUCGGAAGAACCAACGCAAACAGAGCAGGUCCCUGAAGUAAAGAAGGACCCCCACUUUUCUCAACCUCUGGACUAUUUUGGGGAGAACCUAGCCUUCAUUGAUGAGUCAUCAGAUGCUCAGAGUGGUAAAAUACACACAGAUCCUCAAAUUAGUCCGAAACGCACCCGUUCAGUCAAGAGGAAACACAAUAGGAGGCCAGUCCUGCAAAGAAGCCCCAAAAGUGACAGAAUCAAACGGUCCAGUCUUAACAAACAGGAGCACAACGGAACAGCAAAACCGGUUCAGAAUGUACUGGCGCCGCCAAAACCUCAGGUUUGAUGCAGUGUUAGCACAGGAAAUGAAUCAGCAGAAAAAAAAUCCCCUUCGUUGGACAAAUCGGCAAAAAAUAUAGACAAGAAUGAUUAAUAUAGCAAGCUAUUUGUGAAAAUGGUAUAUUUACAGGCACAUGGAAUGGAAAUGUGGCACAAGUGUGGGCCUUAUAUGGUUUGCAGAUAAUGUUCUUACUUUAGCACGUACACUACCGUUCAAAAGUUUGGGGUGACCCAAACAAUUUUGUGGAAUAGCCUUCAUUUCUAAGAACAAGAAUAGACUGUCGAGUUUCAGAUGAAAGUUCUCUUUUUCUGGCCAUUUUGAGCGUUUAAUUGACCCCACAAAUGUGAUGCUCCAGAAACUCAAUCUGCUCAAAGGAAGGUCAGUUUUGUAGCUUCUGUAACGAGCUAAACUGUUUUCAGAUGUGUGAACAUGAUUGCACAAGGGUUUUCUAAUCAUCAAUUAGCCUUCUGAGCCAAUGAGCAAACACGUUGUACUAUUAGAACACUGGAUUGAUAGUUGCUGGAAAUGGGCCUCUAUACACCUAUGUAGAUAUUGCACCAAAAACCAGACAUUUGCAGCUACAAUAGUCAUUUACCACAUUAGCAAUGUAUAGAGUGUAUUUCUUUAAAGUUAAGACUAGUUUAAAGUUAUCUUCAUUGAAAAGUACAGUGCUUUUCCUUCAAAAAUAAGGACAUUUCAAUGUGACCCCAAACUUUUGAACGGUAGUGUAUGUCUUAAUCUUGUGAUUGAUGACUGUUAUGUCUCGUAUGCACCUGCGUUUGUCUGAGGCAUUGCUGCUCUCUACUGGGCUAAGAGAGAAUAUUCACAUUUGAUCAUAUUUAUUUAUGCACUGUAUUCAAUUAUCAUGAAGUCCUCCAAGAUCAUGCAGAAACAAUUUUUAAAAAAAUCAAGAAGGACAAACCAAAAAGUCAUACCGCAGCUAAUUUGGUGGUGCUGACCUGAGAUAAUUGCCUGCAAACAAAUCUCUGUGUACUUUUUUGGGUGUUUAACAACAUUUUCUAUGACAAUACUUGCAUUUUGAUUGCCUUAUUCAGUAAUAUCC